GUGUACAAUUAUAUCUAAACCCUUCAAAUCCCCCGGCCCCCUCUCAACCCCCUCACCACCUUCUCUCUCACCAAAUUAACCUCUCUCUUUCCUCUCUUUCUCUCUCUACUCAAGUUAACAAACAAGUCGUUGGACGUGCACAUGGGCACCUUAAUAGGCCACGUAGCUCCGGGAUUUGGCUUCAUCCUCAUUGGCUUAUGGCACCUCUUCAAUCAUACAAAACUCCACUCUCUCAACCCUAAAACCUACGCAUCUCUCCCAUGGUUCUCUUCUCGGUUCUUCCGCUACAUCGAGCCAACCCUGAUUAUAAUAGGGAGCUUAAUCUCCAUAGCCAUGGAGCUCUUCAUCGGCCCCGCCAACGGACAGCCCCUCGACCCCGAUUGGUCCAUCCCUUCAAACCACCUACACAACUUUGAGCACUCCUCCAUCUCCCUCGCCUUCUUAACCUACGCGCUCUUCGCCGUUAUCCUAGACCGGGCCAGGCUACCGGACCCCGGGCUCAAGCACGGGCUCACGCAGCUCGCCGCCGCCGUGGCAUUUGGCCAACAACUGCUUAUGUUCCACCUUCACUCUGCUGACCAUAUGGGAGUUGAAGGGCAAUACCAUUGGCUCCUUCAGCUUGUCAUAGCCGUGUCCUUGGGGAGUACUAUUAUUGGUAUAUGGAAACCUAGGAGUUUUUUGGUCAGUUUUGUGAGGUCAAUUAGUAUUUUGUUUCAAGGGGUUUGGUUUGUGACUAUGGGGUUUGCUUUGUGGACCCCAGGGCUUAUUCCUAAAGGUUGUUUCAUGAACUCGGAGGAUGGGCAUUGGGUUGUUAGGUGUGGGGAUCAAGGGUCUUUGGAGAGGGCCAAGUCUUUGGUUAAUAUUGAGUUCAGUUGGUUUUUGGUUGGGAUGGUGUUUUUCUCCAUGGGGUUUUAUUUGGCGGUGAGGAGGUGGUAUGUUGAUGUGGAGAGGGAGUAUUUGGGUUUGGAUGAGGAGGUGGAGAGCGAGGAUUUGGAGAGUCAAAAGAAGUUGGAUGAGUCUGAGAGCUUUGUUCAUAUGGGAAAAGGGUUUAAGAGUUUAGACCUUGAGAGAUGAGGAUAAUAAAUUUGAUUUGUGUUUGGAUCAGGCGAACUUUAUUGUUGUUAAUAAUUAAUGUCACGUACGAGAGUUUGUAGUUUGCUUAUUAUUUUAUCCGCUUUUUAAAAGUUAUCUAGCAGAUUUUUUCUAUUGGAAGUUCAUGAUUUACGAACCAUUUAUCUGCAAAUUAGAUAUAUAGUGGAGAGAAUUUACUGGAUAGUUUUUAACUUUCUGUUAAGUUAAUAGAAAGAUGUGAGCGGAGGAUGUAUUAGAGCAUUUUUUUUUCUUUUUUAUGAAUGUUUAUAUAAUGGGGUUUGCCAAGGUCAAGAGGCCGCUUUGUAUUCCGAUGGGUUCGGAUGUACAUGAGCGAAAAUGAUGUAUGUGAUGUUUUACUUAGCUUAGUUUCCAACUCUUGCCAAGUGUUGGGUUGU